AUGGAAUGGAUGCGGAGCGCUGUUUUCGGCGAGGACACCCCAUCACCUGACAGGGUUAUUACGAGGCUGUUACGGCGGGCGGCGAGGAGAAAGAGGACAGCGAUGAUGCAGGAACACAUCGCGAGAUGCAUCCAGGGCGCAAAAGAUGACGACCCCUCCGUACAAAAUCUUAGGGUUUACGUGCGGAGCCAAUUCGCGAGCUGUCUUCGCGGAGACCUAGACGGCGUCAAGAAAAAGGUGUGGGAGAGGGUGGACCCCCUCUUCUUCGAGGGACGUAGAUGCUGACUCGGCCCGCUUUGCAAGAAGGUCAAAGAUCUUCCCCCGACCACGCGCUUGAUUACCGACGCUUGGAACGGCCACGUUGACGAAGUCGCCGCCUUAGAAUACCGCAAGGCUGAUACUAAGGCGGCGACUGCGUUCACCUUGACCCGCUUUGCUGGCUGGGAGGGUAGACUCCGGGCGUGGAUAAGUCAGCCGGAAGUGUUGGAGGCAGGGUUGCGAAACCACCAGGAAGAGAAGGCGUUGCACUACGUAUCCUGCAUCAUCAAUCACGUGGAGGAGUUGUACAAGGUGUACGUGAAAGAGCGCAAGGAUUCCGUGGCCGUGGAGCUCUCUUACCCGAGUGAAAGGUAUCAGAUCACAAAACCGCGCGGGCAAGUCCUGUACUACAUUGCCGGGUGGGCGGCCAGCAAUGCUUGGGCGCAUCAAAGAAGACACAACCUUUCCCAGGAUUGGGUACGUGUCGUCCAACACAACACUCGCCGGUCCAGUGGGGAGGCGAUAUGUACUGAUUCUUUGCUGAGAGAUUUCGUAGCAAAAGUCGAUUCGAAGAACGAUAUGAAGAACGGUCCGGGACUUCUUUACCCUACGAUGGAGUGGGUAGAGUUCGUGUAUGCUGUGGAGAGGGGCAUAUUCCAUUUUUUGAAAAACCCCAUCUUCCUUGCUGCUUGCGUCGGAGACUUGCCAGCCGAGAUUGUCAAAGUAGUAAGCGAGGCGGAGGUUCUCAAGGAAGUGUGGGGAAACUGCUGCCCCCUGGUCCUCCUGCCAUCGAUCCUAGUGUAUCUCAGGAGAUGUUUCUUUUCGUUGUCGGGAAAAUCCUCAACGUGCGAAUGGGUGACUUCGCGAAGAGUGUAAGGGAGAAUACUUCCCUCAAGUUCUCGAAGACCGCGCCUGCUUUGCGGCAACAGCUGAACGCGCGUGUCGGGCCUAAUGGAGGGGCGGGGGCCGGUAGUGGCGAAGCAACGGGGGUUGCACAGGGGGGC